GAUGCUCCUGCCUCCACCUCCCAGUGCUAGAAUUACAGGAGUAUACCCACCAUGUCCUGUGCUGAUCAUCUAAAUUUCUUACAACUUUCUAAAUAAGCUUAGGUUGCCCCAAGGCAGAAACUUACAGUAAACUUAGAACUUGCUUUUCUGUUAAAUUUUCAUAGAAAUGGUAAGAGAUCUCAUGCAGUUUAUAGUUCAUACCAUGUAAAUGCAAAAAAAAAAAAAAUCUUUACAUUUAGAACUGGUUAAAUCUUGAUUUAAUGUUUAGUCCUAGAAUUCUUUUUUUUUUUUUUUCCUUUUUUUUUAUCUUCAGAUUGUGUAUGAGUGUGUUGCCUGCCUGUGUGUCUGCAGCAUAUAUGUGCUGGUUGCCCUCAGAGGUCAGAAGAGGACAUCAGAUCUUCUGGGACUAGAAUUAUAGUCAAUGGAGAACCACCAUGUGGUUGCUAGGAAUUGAACUUGGGUCCUCUACAAGAUCAUUCAGUGCUUUUAACUACUGAGCCAUCUAUCUCUCCAGCCAUGGGGUAGAUGUCUUGAUGGGGGAUUCUAGUAGCUUAAGUUUUUAGGUGAGCUCUUAUGGAUGUCAGGAUUGAUUUCAUAAAUACAUAAAUUUACUAGUGGAAACACUUAUUAUAGGCUGUCUUAGAUGGUAGUUUCCAGUAAGAAAACAAGUACAGUUGAUGGUGGUGGCGCACACCUUUAAUCCCAGCACUCGGGGCAGAGGUAGGCGGAUCUCUCAGGCCAGCCUGGUCAACACAAGGUGUUCCGGGACAACUAGGGCUACACAGGGAAACCCUGUCUCGAAAGAAAGGAAGAAAACAAGUUCAAAAUGAGAUAAUCACGUGGACAGCAUAUGAAAGGGAUUAAGUGGCCUACUAUUCAUGUUCAUUUUUAAAAACUUUCUGGGUGUGCCCCGCAGUGUGCUUGUGGAUGUCAGAGGACAACUCUGCAGUUGGUUCUCUGUCCCCCUUUGUGUGGCUCUGGGCAUGGAAGUCAGGUGGCCAGGCCUCUUGAGCAAGCAUCUUUACUUGAUGAGCCUUCUCAUCGACCUGGUGGUUUGACUUUUAAACUUUGAAUGAGUAGAGCCCACUUUUGUGUUUCAGCAGCAAGGUAAUGUUACUAUAAUAAAAGCUGGUCAGGAUUUUUAUUGUUAUUUGGGUUUUUGUUGUUAGGGGAGUGACAUGAUUGUGGAAUCAUAAUAUAAAGUGUUUGUAUGGGUAUUUAUGUGUUAAAUAUUGUGUUAUUGUUUACUUAUGUGUAUGUGUCUGAGGAGGUCAGAUGGGUGUCCGAUCCCUUGGAGCUGGAGUUACAGGUUAUUAUGAGCUUCCUGAUGUGGAUGCUAAAAAUCGGACUCAGGUCCUCCUCAAGAACCAUACAUGUUCUUAACUCCUGAGCCAUUUCUUCCGUCUCAUAUGGAGACUAUAAAAAGGGGAGGAAUGUGUCCCUCUGCUAUGCCAGAAGUGCUUUUGUGAAUGUGCUUCCAGCCUCGUUAUCACCUAUUAGUAAAUUAGUGACAAUUUUAAUGUUACCGGAAUACCGCUUGGAGUCAGAGCCUCAAGUGUGAAGGGUUGAGAAAACAAAAACUUGGAAAAAGAUUCUGAUGUAACAACUUUAGAGAAAUGCUUUUCCUGGAGUACCAUCCUGUAUGGAUAUCACACCCUGUUUAAUGUUCCCUUCCAAGUUAGGCUCCGUUAUAAGUGAUUCCCUAGCAUGCCCGAGAGUCCAUUCCCAGUCUAGCAUAUAUAGCAUUUGCCAAGCUUUUCCAUAGUACCUGCCAGUUUUGUUGGAGUCCUUUAGUUUUGUUUUGAGAUGGGGUCUUAGGUAGCCUAGACUGACCUUGUAUUUCCAGAAGGAAUGAAUUUUAAAAUACUGCUUUUUGCCACUUGAGAGAAAUGAAUUGUUGCUUAUCACAGAAAACAAGGCCUUAAAAAAGCAAACAAGUAAAGUGAGAUCUUUGUACAUUCUUUUUGUUUUAUUGGCAGGGUCUGGCUAUUUAGCCCAGGAUAGCCCAGAAUUUUCUGUCCUCCUGCCUCUACUUCUCUAGUGCUAAAAUUACAAGUGUGCACCACCACAUCUGGGAUACUUUUUUUUUUAACUUAAAUAAUUGAUUAAAAUGAAUUGAGAAACCAAGCAAUAAGAUAUUUUUUUUCUGAAUCAGAUACUGUUCUCCUUUGUUUUUAUUUACUUAUUUGUUUAUUGUGAGCUUUACUAAAAUUUUCUUGGAAAAAAAAAACAAAACAAAAAAGGAGAGCUGGGUGCUAUGUAACAUGUCUUUGGCUGCAGCUUAUGAGAAGUUGAGGUGAGGAAAUCUCUUGACUUUGGGUUCAGCCUUGGCAACACAGUGAGACUUUGGCCCUGAGAGGAUUACACUCAGUUGACCGUGUAUGGCAGUGAAGCCUUCACCUGCCGAGCCCUCCUGCUGGCGCAGGUUGUGCCAGUCUUUAAAAUCUCUUCUGAAGCCUGUCAUACGAAUGAGUCUGCUUAUCUUAGACUUCCUAAUACAUACUACAUUCUUUCUAGAAGAAAGCUUGUGUGCUGUAGCACAGCAGCUUUAAAGCAGAGGUGUAUGGGCUCCUCAGAGAUUGUGUGACAUUGGUAAUGUGUACAUUUUCCUCAGGAGGGGAUCCACGGCCCUGAUAGGCUAAGACUCCCCUGGAUAGAAAAAGGGAAAGCAAAGGGUUUAGAAUUAGAAGGUUUUUACUUGACAGAGCUUUCUCUUAACAAUAGAAUGGUGGGGGUGAGGGGUGGGAAAUGACACAAAUUUCCUAUAUUUUUUCUUAGUCUUUUUGUUUGUUUGUUUUUAAAGGAUUUAGUCAAUUGGAAAGUCAGUUUGCCAGAUAUCAAUGUACAGAAACCCAGUUUGAUAAAUACUAAGAUUUUUGCCCAAAUGGCUUUGUUUUAGGUACUUUCUACCCCCAAAUUUGCAAUUGUAUGUCAAAAGAUACAAUUGCAAAUUUAUGCUUUUGUUUUGUAUUGGUUUGAUUUUUUUUUCUUUUCUUUUUGAGACAGACCUCUCUAUCUCUGGCUGUCUUGGAGCUCUAUGUAGACCAGGCUGGCCUAGAACUCACAAGAGAUUCUCCAACCACUGUCUCCCAAUGUUGGGAUUACAAGCAUGUUCCAGCUACUGUUAGCAUGUUAAGCAAGCACUCUUUCAAUUGAGCUACAUCCCCAGCCCCCAAAUGUUAGAGUGUGUGUGUGUGUGUGUGUGUGUGUGUGUGUGUGUGUGUGUGUGUUGCUUAAGAUUGAACCCAAGGCCUUAUACAUGCUAGGCAAGUAUUCCACUGAACCUUUUGAGUUUUUAUUAAACUUUAUUUUUCGUUGCCUUAGUUAAGAGCCACUAGUAGUAAUUAUAAUAGGAGUUUAAAGGAAAUAAAUCUAUUUUACAGAGACUACUCAUUUAUCUUAGUCAGAGGUAUUUGUUUGGUGGGGUUGUUUGCAGAGACAAGGUCUCCCUGUAUACCAGGCUGGCCUUGAACUUGCAGCAGUCUUUCUGCCUUGCAUGCUGGGAUUAUAGAUGUGAACUGCCAUGCCCAGUUUGAAGUGUUAUUUUGACACUUUUUAUAAGAAAACCAGUUAUUGGAGAUUCGUUUCCUGUGUAAUUCCCCAUCUCUUGGGUAUAUGACUUUUGAGGACUUGUCUUAAGCAUUUGAGUGAGAGGAGUUUUGGGUUUGUCAUGUUCAGGUGGCUGCUGGGUAUGUUCAGUGUGGCCAUUGGACAACUGCAUCUGAAAUGCUGUGCACUGUUCUUUCUUUCACACCAUUUCCUGCUGUUCUAACGGAGCUGUCCCCCCGCAGGUGCACGUGAUUUCACCUGACAUCUUAGACCAGUGAAGCCCAUGUUUUCUAAACAGCAUGUUUAUACGGCCAUUGUGACUGAUUUCUGCUCCUCCUCACUGUAUACUCUGUUCCACUUGCUCGCAGCUCUGUUAGAACAGUGGUUUUUGUCGUGGUGACUAUUUUAUUAAAUGAAGUGGGUAAAGUAUGGAGCCAGUAGCAGAAUCCUUGGCCUAUGCCUGAAUGAGCUAUUUAGUUUGCCUCCUGUAUUCCCAAACCAGGGAGGAACUAGCUCUUCCCACUUCCUGAGUGCAAGGGCAGGAUUAGAGGACACUGAAGUGAAAAACCUCCGUUUCACCCUUAGUAACUUAAUAAUGCCAGGACGGGCUUUGAAGCCACUGGCCCUGCUUGUAGAUCUUAUUUUCCAAGCCUUUCAGUAUUUGAUUUGCCCUUUUCUGAACUCUACAAUUUCCCUCUCUUGUAGCUGGUUCGAUGCCCAGAACUGAAUGCUGUGCUCCAGCUGUGGCCUCACCGGUGCUGAAUAGAGAGGAAGAGCCACCUUCAUAGCUUACAUGUGAUUCCUCUGCUUAUACAACCCAAUACUGGAUUUACUUACUUUGGCAAGAUAGCUGCAUUGUGCACUGUAUUUAAUGUUCCGUGUACUGUAACCCUGGGUCUUUCUCUGCAUUGCUGCCGUCAACCCCUCAAUCCUGCCAAUCUAAAACUCCUCCUGCCUUUGUUUAUCUGCCCCCUCCCCAGAGACUCCCCAUGCAUUCAUCCACAAUGAAUGUCAUCUUUUUAUUCUCUGGUUUCCUUUUACUUUAUCUUAAGCUCUGGCGAGACUUUCACUCUGUCCUAUAAAUUGUUGCUGUCAGCCAGCUUUUCACCCUGCUUCGGUAGUGGAGCACCCCCUCAAGCCUUUUCUCUGGUCCUUGUCCGGUCGUAGUCCUGAAACCAAGCAUUUGCCAAGGUGGAUUGAUAAGCAUUCACCUGGAGUUUCUGAAUCAGGUACUGGGAACAGCUCUGGUUUGGCCCCCUGAAGUUGUUACCCUGCUUAGUCCUGUCUAGAUUUCCUUACCUCCUCACGACCUCUGUCUGGGUGGAUAGUAUAGUCUUACAGCCCCUCCUCCAGGGAGGAGAUGAAAACAUGCAGUCAACUUACCAGAGAGAUGUCUUGCAGUAAGGAAGUAACUAUUGUCUUUUAGUAGAAUAGCCUUUAGUAGUUUUAAGUUUUUCUAAUUAGAAAUUAGAUUGAGGUAAAUGAAGAAAGUGAAGGAAGAUUUUUUUAAAUGUUGAAGUAGGCCAUGGUUCACCAAGAAAGCCAAAUGGUGUAUCUUGUUCGAUUGGUGGCUGACUCAAAAGGGAGCUGCAGCCUCAUUUUCCUGGACUCUAGAGCAUCAUGAUGCCUGAUUUAGAGAAGGUUUUUAGUUGGUUUAUUUAGGAUUGUUGAUACAGCCGCCCAGUCUUUUAAUUAUAUGCUUUGAUUAAGCAUUUAGAGGAUAAUGUAUUGUAUAAUCUUUUCUGUGGGUGGUAAGAAUUGGAAGAUCUCCAAAUGUCCUUUUUAUCUAUGUCUAAGCUCUCAAGUGAAUCCUAGUGGGUCUUAGGGUAGCAGUUAAGCCGAUGUUUGAGUCAGCCCCCCACCCCCCACCGUCUUAGUGGAUGUGCUCUGUUUAAACAGACUGUUCUUGAGUUUGGGGCAUUUAUUAGACCUACAAGGUACUGCUUACAUGUAUUUGUAUUUUGAAGGAGCGAAAGUUGAUUUGGAAAUUUUUUUAAUGUCAUUUCAGUACAUCAGAUUAUUAUGGUUUUAGACAUUACCAGACACCUGGUAGAUAUCAGCACACUGUAAACAUGUGUUACAGGUGUGUGCUGCAACUAAGAGGUGUGUAGAGCUGUCAGAGAUGGCUGAUUUCAGUAUUCACAAUUACACAACCAAAGGAAAUGAUAAGCUCAGUUUGGUGGCUUUGAAGAAUGUCGUUUCUCUGGUUCCUCCCCAUGUAUAUUAUCACAAUUUACUAAAUUUAUUUUUGAUCAAGAGAAUAAAUGUUUGCAAAUAUAGGAAGGAAUGGGUAGACUUGCUUGUGCCCAUGUCACCUCCUCACGAGUGUGUCACCUCCUCACGAGUGUGUCACCUCCUCAUGAGUGUGGCACCUUUCUUGAAAGGAAAUGUUAGUUUUGUUCCUUGGCUUCUGGAAUAACCCAGUGACAAAGCCAGUCAACUGGACUUUGGUGUUCUGAAUGCUGUUCUGUAGGCUGCCAGUAAGCAGUGAGAAGGGUCUGCUUCCAUCUCCAUUUAUGGUCUCAGAAGGGGAAAGGGACAGGACUGGGACUCUCUAUUUACAGUCCUUAGGAAUCGAGUGGAGUGGUUGGGGUGUUCUUGGAGGCAGAAACUAGACAUUGUAAGAUAAAAAUAAAUUGUCAGGGGUUGUUUGCAAUUCAAAUUCCGAUCUCUGAGUAGGGCAGAGGGUGCUGGGAAAGGGGAGUAUAAGCAGGGUCAAGGGAGAUUUGCAGCGCUUCUCUCCGUUGGGAGAUUUGACCAUGACACACAUUUUCCAAGUUUAUGUUUCUGGAUUGUUCUAGAAAGUUUUGUCCUAUGGGGUCACAAUUCUCUGUUGCAAAAAGAAAGCUGAGAUGAUUUUUAAAGGAAAGAAAGCUGAGAUGAUUUUUAAAGGGUUUAUGGGAAGCCUCGGUUCUGUAAGAUAUUAUCAUUUGAGGCGGUGGGGAGAUGCUGUGAAAGUGAGAUGCUUGUUUGGGGGUUCAAGGCUCCAGGGAGGGUGACUAUGUCUGAGGGAGAUGAUCAUGUCUCAUGCUUUUAUUAUUCUUUUUGCCUGUUUGGAUUUCUGGCCUCAUGGAACAGAGUUAAAGAGUCUUUGAGGGAGUGUCUGUAGGUUGUCAGCUGUGGUUUAAAGGUACUGCACUCAUGGAGAGCCCUAAAGACUCAGACUUGUUUUCAUUUGGUGAGAUAGAUCAUGUAUUAGUUUAUGGAACGCAACUUCUCCUUUAGGAGAAUCUUACAGUCUUGAUAAUAACUAGUUAGCGAUAAACUAGUUUUAACAGUUAAGUUAGAAAAUAUUUAGGAGCCACCAUGGAAAGGAGAUUUUAUCUCUCAAGAAAAUUCUGAGUGGACCCCCAUAAAGUAGAAGAGUGAUUAGAGGGAGGGAAGGAAGGUAGAGUCAGUAGAUCCUGAGUGACUAGAUUUUUAAGCUGAGACGACAAAGUCCUUGAUCUGUCUUUUGAUGGGUCAAGUAAGAGCAUAAGGUGUGUACCAUUAAAUAUGGGAAACUGGGCUAGUCUGAAGUAUGUAAUAGAAAAAAGACCAUAAAAAACGAGAGUCGAACAAGGCAGCAAUGUUCCCCAGGUUUUGUCCUUGAGCUUGCAUGAUGGUAUUUAUUUGCUGUGUGUCAAGUGACAGAAAGAGUGAGGUAACUCCCUCACCUCCUAAGAAAGACUGUUGGCCUUGUUUGUUGGUUUGUUUAGCUGGCAGUUUCAGUUGGUAGACUAGUAAAAUGUAGGAAUUAAUGUACUACUUCUUGGUCAUUGUGUUUGAGACUGGAGACUUAGGACAUUAUUGAUUUGAUUUCUGCUUAAAUUGUAGAAGUUUUUACCAUGACAGAGUGAGUUAGUGAGGACCACAGACUCUGUAGAGACCUGUUUUGUCAGCUACGUUGUCUAGGCAACUGUUUUCCCCUGUACUCCUUAACCAAGGGUAAGGAAGGUGUUCUUCACUUGGGGAAUUCUUCUUUCUGUCUUCUUUCCCUCACGUCUUCCAAAUUCUGGGCACCACAGCAGCUCUCUCCUGUGGCAGACCCUUCGCAGGUGUUACAGUCGGGUGAAAGAACAUGGUGUUGGGAAAAGAAAGAGCAGUUACACAUUUGAACAGUUGGAACAGGUGUUUGGUCAGGGAGGAUGGGAUGCUCAGCCCUGCCAGCCUGUACUUAUUAACAGUAGUGGCUUGUACCAGGAGCUGGAGUCAGAUGGCAGCACUAUGGAGGACUAUUCACAGGAGGACUGGGGAAACCACAGUCAGGAUCUCCAUGGCUACCCAACAGAUCAGGAAUUGGAUGAAAUGCCAGUUUCAAAGAGAACAUUAAAAAUAAAACAAGAGUCUUCUGAAGAAGCACAGAAACGAGACACCAUGCAGAAUAUUGUACAGAUUUUGGAGUCAGUGCAGUUGAAAUGGGAACUGUUUCAGAGCUGGACAGACUUUUCAAGACUCCAUCUUUCCAAUAAACUGGCCAUUUUUGGAAUUGGCUAUAACACCCGCUGGAAAGAGGAUAUCCGUUACCAUUAUGCCGAGAUCAGCUCACAGGUGCCCCUUGGCAAGCGUCUUCGGGAGUACUUCAACUCUGAGAAGCCUGAGGGACGGAUAAUUAUGACCCGAGUGCAAAAAAUGAACUGGAAGAACGUGUACUACAAAUUUUUAGAGAUCACCAUUAGUGAAGCUAGAUGCCUAGAGCUGCACAUGGAAAUUGACUGGAUACCCAUUGCCCACUCCAAGCCAACUGGUGGGAAUGUUGUUCAGUAUUUACUGCCAGGAGGGAUUCCUAAAAGUCCAGGUCUUUAUGCCAUUGGCUAUGAAGAAUGUAUUGAGAGGCCUCUCUCACCAGAUGUGGAGCACCAGGCCCUGGACCCAGGAAAGGAGGGCCGGGUUGGCCUGGAAACCCUCUCUGCACAAGCCUCAUUACAGGUGGAAAUAGAACCCACCCGGAUCGUCUACUGCUACCUCGGUAUUGCUGAGGUCAGGACUCUGCAGCAGUGCUUGUUUUUACAUUUCCAAGCAAAUACCAAAACCUUCAGUAAAGAUUGGGUUGGUAUUAAUGGGUUUUUGUCUCAGAACUGUAUUGUGGAUCCUGGAAUUUCCCCCAAAUCCAUCUAUAUCAAAUUUGUAGAAGUUGAGAGGGAUUUUCUUUCCGCAGGCUCAUUAGUUGAGUGCCUGGAAAAAGCCAUCGGAUAUCCCUUAAAAUUUAACAACUGAGUGUCAUCCUUCAUAAGGAUUUGGGCGUGUGCAUUCUUCUCCCUUCUUCCCAUUACCCAGACUACCCCACAUCCAGAUGCUGCCAUCAGACUCUUCAUGGGAACUCUUUCCACGAUGAGACCAAUGCAACCUCUAAGGAAUCAUAGUAGACUCUGGGCAGAAAAAGCAGACCUCACCUGAAAUGCUCAUUUUGAGUAAGCAGGUCUUGCAUGGUGGGUCAGUUCUUUUUUAAAAAAAGAAAACAUCAAUUUUUAAAUGGAUUUUAGAGCCCUGAUAUAAACAAAUAUAGGUACAUUCCAUAUUGGACAAAACUUAUACUUUGAGUUUCAUAUGAAAUUGAAAAUUGUAUUUUUUUCACAAUGUUUCAUUUUUACACAUCUCUAUAAGUAUUAUUUACGACCUUGAAUAAAUAAGCAAUAGAUAAUGGCAAGUAAAUCUUGAGCCACAGCAAAUAAGGCUGUUUUCCAAUAUUACCUUUAGCUACUAUUGUAUAUAAUUUAGAGUUUCAUUUUUUUCACCAACCAAGUGUUUUGCUAUUUCCAAUCAGUGUUGCCUGCAAAGACUUUUGUUUAUGUGAUGUAUAACUUUUAUGGUUGUGUUAUCAUUUAAAUUAAAAAAAAAAAAAA